AUGGACGCCUCCUCCCUCCGCAUCUCCAAGUUCGAUGGAACUAACUUCCACGCCUGGAAGUUCAAGAUGCAGAUGGUGCUGGAGGAACGGGACCUAUGGGAGGUCGUCAGCGGUGAGAUCAAGGCGGAACAGUGCGAGACUCAGUUGGACCAAGCGACGUACAAGAGGAAGUCAAGAAAGGCGAUGGCAGUGAUCUGUCUAGCCAUGGAAGAUUCCCAGCUACCGUUGGUCCGGUCGGCAAGUGGUGCAUGCGACGCAUGGUCAAGGUUGGAAGACCACUUCGAGAAGAAGAGUCUUGCCAACAAGCUGUUCUUGCGCCGUCGCUUCUUCACGACAAUGAUGGAAGAAGGCGACGAUGUGCUCGAACACAUCAACAAGCUCAAGACGCUGGCGGAACAGCUAGAAGCGGUGGGGGCUCCAGUCUGCGAGGACGAUCUGGUGAUCACACUCCUCGGCAGCCUGAGUGACUCGUAUCAAUUCUUGAUCACAGCUUUGGAGUCGCGCUCAGACACUCUUAGCUGGGAGCUCGUGACGUCUCGACUGCUUCAUGAAGAAAUGAAGCGGAAGGAGCAAGGAAGUAAAGGUGAUGAAGCUUCGCAAGGUCAAGCGUUCAUCACAAGGGACAAUCAGCGCAAAGGGCGACCAGUGAAGAAGUCCUGGCCGUGCCACAAUUGCGGAAAGAUUGGUCACUGGAUGGCGGAGUGCCCCUCGCGCAUCCAAGAAAACACGGAGAGACACCGGCCACAGCGUGCUCAAGACAGCGGCGACCGCUAUCGAUCACAACGUGCAAACGUCGCUCAAGAAGAAGACUCGGGCGACUACCUCUUUCGAUCGGUGAAACGACAUCUGCGAAAUCGAGCGACAUCUGGCUGGUCGACUCCGGGGCGACGCAGCACAUGA